UUCUUCAUCCGCGACCACGACAACGACCGACAUGGUUGUCAGUGGGCCGCAGCGAAAUUCGCAGACGAGCUGAGCUGAGCUGCUGCGCAGCAGAUGAAGCACGAGAGAUUCGGUUGCUGGUUCUGAGUUGUUCGGGCCGUUCGAAUCAUGUUGGUCGGGAAUUUCUCAGCUGCCAUUGACACCUGAGAGCGAGAAUGCUGUCCAUGCCUCUGAAGUUCUCCUCGGUGGCUCAGUCCUCUGGUCCUUGCCGUUUGUUGAUUUCUUCCAGGAGGGUCGCUUCUUCGGUGGAAUUUUGGAGUCAGAUCCGCGUUCGGCCUGCCACGAUUGCCAUGGCUCAAUCUAUCCAGAGCCAAGUUGUGGGAGGGCUCGGGUUUAGCAAUUCGACCCUGGUUGGAACGUCGUUGUCUCGAUGCUUGAGGCCCAGUGCGGUGACUGUCUCGACUGGCCGUGUUUGCAUUGCGCAUCUUUCUUCUCAAGCCUCAUCCUCCACCGAAAGCGCAACUCCUACUCCCGCUCCUGCUUCAAUUAAGCCCGGAGACUGGAGUUUCAAAAAUGGCAAGGUUGUGCGAGAGGGAUCUAUCUUCCAGGAUUUUUUAGGGCAGGGCCCAUCCCCAGCUCUUGUGAACUCAGAGCCUACCUCAGUGCCAUAUCUUGCAGAAGACGCCGAGAAGGCGGUAAAGAAUGGUCGAAUGUACGUGGAGACGUACGGUUGUCAGAUGAACGUGAACGAUAUGGAAAUUGUGCUGGCCAUCAUGAAGGAUGCUGGUUACAAUGAAAUUGUGUAUGAGCCCGAGCAGGCAGAUAUCAUUUUUAUCAACACUUGUGCAAUUCGGGAAAAUGCCGAACACAAGGUUUGGCAGAGAUUGAAUGUGUUCCGGCACAUGAAAAGGCACUGGAAUCGGAAUGUGGUUAGUUCUCCCUCUCGGUCGAGGUACCCACCUAAAGUUGCCGUUCUUGGUUGCAUGGCUGAGAGGCUGAAAGUUAAGCUUCUCGAGUCCGAAAAGAUGGUAGACGUGGUCUGUGGGCCAGAUGCAUACCGCGACCUUCCUCGGCUUCUGUCGUUGGUCGAUGAAGGUCAAACAGGUAUCAAUACAAUGUUGUCACUCGAGGAGACUUAUGCAGAUGUUUCACCAGUGAGGUUGUCUUCGAGUCAGGUCUCUGCUUACGUUUCCAUCAUGCGUGGCUGCAACAAUAUGUGCUCUUUCUGCAUUGUCCCCUUCACCAGGGGAAGAGAAAGGUCACGGCCCGUGGAUUCGAUCGUUAGGGAGGUUGGGGAAUUAUGGGAGCAGGGAGUGAAAGAAGUAGUUCUUCUAGGGCAGAAUGUGAACAGCUACAACGAUAUUUCUGGGAAUGUUGUGGAAGGUUAUGAUGGAGCGUGGAUAGAACAAAAUGCCCGUGAAGCAGCUCAACAGACAUCAGCCAAUUUGCUGAGCCCCGGAUUCACGAGUAUUUCCAAUGUGAAGGAGGUUGGGUUGACCUUUGCACAUCUGCUAGACUGUCUAUCUACCAUUUAUCCCCAAAUGCGUUUUCGCUUCACAUCUCCCCACCCAAAGCAUUUUCCGGAGGAGCUACUCUACCUCAUGAAGGACCGCCCGAACAUAUGCAAGGCCAUUCAUCUGCCAGCUCAAAGUGGAAGCUCUGCUGUACUCGAAAGAAUGCGCAGAGGAUACACAAGGGAGGCGUAUUUGGAGUUGGUUGACAGGAUCCGCACUAUCUUACCAGAAGCGAGCAUCAGCAGUGACUUCAUAACUGGAUUUUGUGGGGAGACAGAAGAAGACCACCAAGACACUUUGAGUCUGGUAGAAACGGUGGGGUACGAUAUGGCCUACAUGUUUGCCUACAGCAUGAGGGAGAAGACUCACGCACAUCGGAAUUACGAAGAUGAUGUUCCAGAAGAUGUGAAGCAGCGCAGACUUGCUGAGCUUAUCACGACUUUCAGAGGAAGUACAGGACAAAAUUACAAGGACCAGCUGGGUACCACCCAACUGGUUCUCAUAGAAGCACCAAACAAGAGGAAUCCGCUAGAGGAGGUCAUUGGCCGUACUGACAGAGGCCAUAAGGUUGUCUUGCCCAAUAUCCCAGUGCCUGACGCACUUUCUCUAUCUCCUAGUCAGGUGUCUGAUGGCGCAAAUACGUCACAACACAACUCGUCGGACGUCGAUGAACAAUCGAAGGUCAAGUUAGAAGUAGGCGAUUACGUCGAAGUCCACAUUGUGUCGACGACUUUAGCAUCUUUGAGAGGUAACCCAAUAUGUAGAACCGAUUUAUGUACGUAUCACUCCAAAUCACGCUAGUGUCAGUAGUACCAUGUAAUUGUAAUACCGGACAAGACUCACCGAUUGCCAGCUUUAGUAUGUGCUGAUUACAUCAUACGCAGAUGGUUUACUGUACUCUGGGCAACAGGGAUACAGCUGUGCAAGGCCUUUCACCGGGCACAGACCUAGCAAUUGAGGUGAUUGGGACGUGCUAAAUCUGGUAACCAAACCCUUCAAGGCCAGGGUUUAACUUUAGAAUAUUGGGAACUUUGUUUUGUGCACACUAAGAAGAAUUUGGUGCCCUUGUGACGUGAGUUUGUCACAUGGAUGAAUGAGCCAACUUUCAUUUGAUCAUCUGUGAGCUGUUUUUCU